UUUGAUCUCGCUGCUCAGAAUGGGAAACGCGCAUUCAAAGUGGUACAAAUCGGCGAGCAAGAAGCAACGCAACGUGUACGACCAGGCUCGUAAGGCCAGAGGUGCUUACAGUUUGGAAAACCAGCAGAUUGGCGAUGCUGAGGCGCAGGCGAUCGGCGAAGCACUCCAAGUGAACUUGGCGUUGACCGAGCUCAAGUUGAGGGUGAAUCAGAUUGGCGAUGCGGGAGCUCGAGCCAUUGCUGGAGCGCUGGGAGCGAACAGAUCGCUGAUCCUUCUCGAUUUGUUUAGGAAUCAGAUUGGCAGUGCUGGCGCGCAGGCGAUCGGAGAAGCACUCAAAACGAACAACACUUUGACCAAGUUCUAUCUGAGCGACAACCGGUUGGGUGACGCUGGAGCUCGUGAGAUUAGUGAAGCUCUGAAAGUAAACACCAAGCUGGCCGGAAUCUAUCUCAAUGAAAAUCGUAUUGGCGAUGCCGGAGUGCAAGCGAUUGGCGAAGCGCUUCGAGUGAACAAGACGCUGACCAAGCUCGUUCUGUCUCACAACCAAAUUGGCGAUGCUGGAGCGCGGGCGAUUGGUGAUGUCCUUCAAGUAAACCGGACGUUGACCAGUCUUGUCUUGUGGACAAACCAGAUUGGCCCUGCUGGAGCGCAGGCAAUUGGCAGAACGCUUGCAACGAACACGACACUGACCCAGCUCCAUCUGUCCAAGAAUCAGCUUGGCGAUGCAGGAGCGCAAGCGCUUGGUGAAGCAAUGAAAGUGAACCGGACGCUGACCCAACUCGAUCUGCACACGAAUCAGAUUGGCGAUACUGGGGCGCAAACAAUUGCUGACGCACUCAAAGUGAACAGCACAUUGGUCGAGAUCUUUUUGGACACCAAUCAUAUUGGUGAUGCUGGCGCUUGUGCAAUUGGCGAAGCGCUCAACGUGAAUCGAACGCUGGCCGAGCUCAGUUUGAAAGAAAAUCAGGUUGGCGAUGCAGGAGCGCGGGCAAUUGGUGACGCACUCCAGGUGAACAAGACUUUGACCAAACUCAAUCUGCAACGGAAUUUCAUUUCCAGUCAUGGCCUUUCCGCGUUGAAGCAGACAAAGAAGUCAACCUGUCAGCUCGAACUGGCCGACCAACGCACUGCUGCCGAUCGUAUCGGAGGUGGCCCUGACAGAGUCUACGAAGCUGUUCAAAUGCCAAGCAAAGGCAAGCAAGCAAGUGCAACAACAACAACAACAACAGCAGCAACACAAAAACAACCAGAGUACGCGGCUCCGAACGCGUACGAGGAGAUGGGAGAGCCUCCCGGCCAAGUUAUUUAUGACUAUGCAUGCGUCAAUGUGGCCGGGCGGGACUCGCGUUAUUUACGCGAGCAGCUGACAAUUCUUCGCAACCUCGGCAGCGGCAACUUUGGCGACGUGUCGCUGGGGCAGGUGCCAACCAGCGCGUUGCCUCCGCGUGCCCGCGAGCUCUUCGCUGCCAGUUCCCCACAGUCGAUUCUCGUUGCGGUCAAGUCUCUCCAUGCAAAGGCUGACGACAAGGCUCGCCGUGACUUUGAAAGCGAGGCAAAGAUGAUGGCCCGAUUUGUUCAUCCAAACGUGGUGCAGCUGUUAGCCGCGUUGACCGAAUCGGAACCCCAUCUUGUGCUGCUCGAGUAUGUCAUGUAUGGCGAUUUGCGCUCCCUGCUGAAAAGCUCCAAGGAAAAGUCCGCCAUGUGGUCCAGCAAUGAGCAGGUUUAUGUGAUGCGUCAGAUUGCCCUUGGCAUGCAGUAUCUUGGUACCCUGCAGUUUGUGCAUCGCGAUCUUGCCGCCCGCAACUGUCUAGUUGGGUCUGGAAUGGUGGUCAAGGUUGCCGACUUUGGCCUCUCUCGCGAGCUCACCGACGAGUCGGAUUAUUAUCGCAUGCAAACCCGUGGCAAGCUUCCCGUCAAGUGGAUGGCUCCCGAAUCCAUCAGCUUCCGCCGCUUCACUGUUCAGUCCGACGUGUGGGCGUUUGGCGUAACUGCCUGGGAGUGUGCAAGUUACGGUGAUAAUCCGUACGGCAGCUUGGCUGGAGGGCAACUGUUUGAAUACCUUCAAGCUGGCAAUCGACUUCCGAUUCCUGAUGAUUGUAGUCCAAAGGUUUACAAUAUCAUGCGAGCGUGCUGGGAUGCCGACCCCGACCGGCGUCCGUCCUUUGCAGACCUUGCCGUCCAGCUACAGACCCUCCAGGACAACUCGGUGGUUCGGGACAUUGGGUUGAUGCUGGUGAAUUAGAACUCAGAGAUGCCGUGGCUUUGUUGCAUGCAAUACGUUGUCCAGCAGACUGACAAUACAAGCAGAAGCAGAAUCGGGGCAAAGUGCUCAGAUUUGGACACGCAGUUUUGCU